AUGCUGGGUGUUCUGGUGUCGCUUUUUGCAGUCGCCUGCCCUAGUGGAGGCUGCAGGCAUGGCAGCUUGACGCCCCCCAAUAGCCCCCCGCCCCUCCGACAGAGGAAGGCUGCAGAGCACUGUGUCAUGCCCCCCCACAUCCACCCCCCUGGGGGCAUCCACUUGCCCCUGCCCAACUCUACCACCCACCACCUGGCCAGACCUGUCUUCCUCUGUGUCCUCUGCAUCCUGGCUGUGCUGCUGCCCCCAGCCUCCUCCUGCCCUUCUCCCUGUCUCUGCUAUUCAGAUGGCCUGGUGGUGGACUGCGGGGGCCGGGGUCUCUCCUCCCUGCCUCCCCUUCACCUCUUGCCUCCGGGGAGCCGCUCUCUCCUGCUAGCCAACAACAAGCUUGCCUCGCUGGGAGCCUCUGCCUUCGCUAACCUCUCUUCCCUGGAGGAGCUGGACCUUUCUAAUAACUACCUGGAUAAUUUACCAGCUGGAUUAUUCAGGGACAUGUCCAACCUGACGAGACUUACUCUGCACAACAACUCACUAACAGUAAUGGACAGAGAACUCUUCCAGGUGGGUACUGUAGAUUAUACAACACCAUGCUUGGUACACCUGGAUCUGUCCCUGAAUGGUCUUUCCUCUGUCCCUCUGGGGGUACUGGAUGAGCUGCAGAGCCUCAGGUGGCUGUCUCUAGCGGGUAACAGGCUUCAUGGUUUGGAGAGGGCAGCAUUUGAGCCACUUGCCAACCUUCAACACCUGGAACUGGGACACAACCCCUGGGAAUGUGACUGCAACCUCCGCGAUUUCAAACACUGGAUGGAGUGGCUGCUGUACAGAGGGGGGAAGGUGGACGCGGUGGAGUGCACGCUGCCGAAGGAUCUGCGUGGGCGAGACAUCCGUGGCGUUCCAAUAGAAAUGUUCAACUACUGCCUCCAACUUGAAGAUGAGAACGGUGGAGGAGGAGGUGAGGGUUCCCGGUCUGGACAAGGAGGCAGUCCUCCCUGCAGCAGGAACGGUCUUAACCCCAGUGGGGCAACACCAAUUUCUGACAACAGCAAAACUGAUUGUGUCCGCGCCCGUUACCGACCCGUGAGCGUGCGCCGCGCCAUUGGCACAGUGGUGAUUGCCGGAGUGGUGUGCGGCAUCGUUUGCAUCAUGAUGGUUGCAGCUGCGGCUUACGGUUGCAUCUAUGCCUCACUGAUGGCCAAGUACCAGAGAGAGCUGAAAAAGAGGCAGCCACUGAUGGGAGAUGGAGAGGGAGAUGGGGAGGAUAGGGAGGACAAACAGAUCUCCUCUGUGGCCUAA